UCCCCCGGACGCGGCGUGUCACGUGGUCUGUCCGCUGUCCCAGGGCACGUGUUGGGCUGUUGGGACUGCGUGGCUUGUCCCAGAUAGUGCGCCGUGCCUUUCCGGCAGGCGGUGGAGCUCGGGUCGUUCUUCGCGCGCUCUCCAGGAACUCAGCAAUCCACCUGCCUCUGCCUCCAGAGUGCUGGGAUUAAAGGCGUGUGCCACCACGCUGGCCCUAGCCCCUUCCCUUCUGUAAAGGCCGGAGGACCAGAACCCGCUACCAAGUGAAUUGGAGGCCAUCGUAUACCGCAGGUUGUGACCUUCUCAUAAAAAUCCACCCUCCUAAGACGAGGCAGCUCUGAGCCAGUGCAGCAGCAGCAAACAUGGAUAUUACCCUGUGGUCCUCUCAUGAGAAGAUGUUGGCACAGCCCCUCAAGGACAGCGAUGUCGAGGUUUACAACAUUAUUAAAAAGGAGAGCAACCGGCAGAGGGUGGGAUUGGAGCUGAUUGCCUCAGAGAAUUUUGCCAGCAGAGCUGUGUUGGAGGCCCUGGGAUCUUGCUUAAAUAACAAAUACUCCGAGGGGUAUCCAGGCCAAAGGUAUUAUGGUGGGACCGAGUUCAUUGAUGAGCUGGAGAUACUGUGUCAGAAGCGUGCAUUGCAGGCCUAUCAUCUGGAUCCUCAGUGCUGGGGAGUCAAUGUCCAGCCUUAUUCAGGCUCCCCUGCAAACUUUGCUGUGUAUACUGCCCUGGUUGAGCCCCAUGGACGUAUCAUGGGCUUAGACCUGCCUGAUGGAGGUCAUUUGACUCAUGGCUUCAUGACAGACAAGAAGAAAAUCUCUGCUACAUCUAUCUUCUUUGAAUCUAUGCCAUAUAAGGUGCACCCAGACACUGGCUACAUCAACUAUGACCAGCUGGAGGAGAAUGCCAGCCUCUUUCAUCCGAAGCUGAUCAUCGCAGGGACCAGCUGCUACUCUCGGAACCUGGACUAUGCACGUUUGCGAAAGAUUGCUGAUAAUAACGGGGCAUAUCUCAUGGCAGACAUGGCACACAUCAGUGGGCUGGUAGCAGCUGGUGUGGUGCCCUCCCCUUUUGAACACUGCCACGUGGUGACCACCACAACCCACAAGACCCUAAGAGGCUGCCGUGCUGGUAUGAUAUUCUACAGAAAGGGUGUGCGGAGUGUGGACCCCAAGACUGGCAAAGAGAUUCAUUAUGAGCUGGAGUCACUCAUCAACUCUGCUGUGUUCCCAGGCCUACAGGGGGGCCCCCACAACCAUGCCAUUGCGGGUGUUGCUGUGGCCCUGAAGCAAGCCAUGACUACAGAAUUCAAAAUCUACCAGCUCCAGGUGUUGGCCAACUGCAGGGCUCUGUCUGAGGCCCUCACAGAGCUAGGCUACAAUAUAGUCACAGGUGGUUCUGAUAAUCACUUGAUCCUAGUGGAUCUCCGUUCUAAGGGUACCGAUGGUGGAAGGGCCGAGAAGGUACUAGAAGCCUGUUCUAUCGCCUGCAACAAGAAUACCUGCCCAGGCGACCGGAGUGCAUUACGGCCCAGUGGAUUGCGACUGGGCACCCCAGCAUUGACAUCCCGUGGACUUUUGGAAGAAGAUUUCAAAAAAGUUGCACAUUUUAUCCACAGAGGGAUAGAGCUGACUCUGCAGAUUCAGAACGACAUGCCUGUGAAGGCCACCCUGAAAGAGUUCAAGGAGAAAUUGUCGGGGGAUGAGAAGUACCAGAGUGCUGUGAGGACUCUGCGGGAAGAUGUGGAGAGUUUUGCUUCCAGCUUCUCCCUGCCUGGCCUGCCUGACGUCUGACAGAGCUAGCACAGCCAGCAUCUACCACGAGGGUAGCACUGCUCCAGGACCACGUGUCCUCUCUACUACCAAGCUGGCCUGUAGCAGCCCUGAGUCUACACUGUGCUUCAGAGGGUGUUUCUGACAGGCUGAUCUCCUAAAGAAAAUUUGAAACUUCACUUCUCAGCAGCUGUAUAUAAUGAACUAGUCUGGAAAAAAAGCACUGUGUAACCAUUUGAUCUCACUUAUUGAUUUCAGUAUGAGGCAGAGCUAUUAAAAAUUCCAGAAUC